AAUUUUAUGUUGUCAUUUGUUAUUUAGUUAUCCGAUUUCUUACCGUGUGGAUAAUAGGGUUAAUUGUACUUCACGUUAUUGCACACCCCUUCUCUCGUCACAAUGGUUUUUUCCAUCAUGGCCGCCACGCACUGACGUUCGUCCAGGUAGAGCCAGUUCUCAGUCUCACAGCAUCAUGAGUGAGCUGAAGGACUGUCCCCCGCUCAAAUACUAUGACUUCAAGCCCGUCGAACAUGUCAAAGUGUGCCCGCGCUACACUGCUGUGCUGGGCCGCUCAGAGGAUGAUGGCAUCGGCAUCGAGGAGCUGGACACGCUGCAGCUGGAGCUGGAGACACUGCUGUCCUCUGCCAGCCGCCGUCUCCGAGCCCUAGAGGAGCAGAGACAGAUCCUUACAGACUGGCAGGACAAGAAGGGAGAUAAACGCUUUCUGAAGAUGGGGAAAGACCCGGAUCCUGCUGCCACAUCUCGCCACAAACCAAAGAAACCAAAGUUGGAUGGUAAAGGCAGUCAUGGACCAAGUCCAGGCCCUGGCAGACCCAAAUCCAAAAACCUGCAGGCUAAAGUCCAAGAAUAUGAGUUUACAGACGACCCACAAGACAUUCCCCGCACUCCUAAAAAUGAUGCUCCAAACAGAUUCUGGGCAUCAGUUGAGCCAUAUUGUGCAGAUAUAACAAAUGAAGAAGUACGAUUGCUAGAGGAGCUUCUGAAACCCCCGGAUGAUGAAGCUGAGUAUUUCAAAAUUCCAGCACUGGGUAAACAUUACUCUCAGCGAUGGGCUCAAGAGGAUCUUUUAGAGGAGCAGAGAGAAGGAGCGCGAGCCAGUGACAAGAAGAAGAGCCUCAUGGGAGGACCGCUAUCUGAGCUGGAUGCUAAAGUACCUCAGGCAUCACUCUUCAAAAAAGCCUGGCCUUUCACUUUACCACCGUUUCCUAUAGAUGUGGACUCACUGCUGAAAAAGUCUGAGUCUCAGAAUGAAUCCCCAGAGGACGGCUGUCCCUUUGGUCCUCUCACACAACGUCUGCUCCAGGCUCUUGUAGAGGAGAACAUUAUUUCUCCCAUGGAGGAUUCUCCUAUACCAGACAUUGCAGGCAGAGAUGCUAACGAUGGUGCUGGAACGUCUCCUCGAAGCCAAGGAAAAGCCUUUAGUGUUCCUCACACGCGUUCUCUGGAGGCACGGAUCAAAGAGGAGCUGGUCGCCCAGGGUCUGCUGGAUUCUGAGGAGAGACCAGGACCAGGAGGAGACUCGGAAGACGAGGUCCUGGCAGAAUUACAGAAGCGACAAGCUGAACUCAAAGCCUUGAGUGCUCACAACAGAGCUCGCAAACAGGAGCUGCUCAGGUUGGCAAAAGAGGAGAUGCGUAAGCAGGAGCUGCGGCAGAGAGUCCGAGUGUCCGACAACGAGGUGAUGGAGGGAUUUCGCCGACUCAUGGCCGCCAGGCAGAAGAAGCGCACUCCAACCAAAAAGGAGAAGGACCAGGCGUGGAAAGCUCUGAAGGAGAGGGAAAGCAUCCUGAAGCUACUGGAUGGCUAGAGGGAGCAACAGUUUGUCUGUUUUUUUAAAUAUGUUGAAAAUAUAGAAAAUGUUUCCCAGACACAGACUAUGACAGAUUUGACAUGGUCAGUGAACAGCUGCAGACAGUUAACUGCAAGGGGACAUCAUUUGAGUAGAAUUGUCUCUGCAGUGUUUUGUUUUUUGUCACGUAAAAACUAAAAGCUAGUGAUCAGUGGUUAGUAACUUUUAAAGGAAUAGUUCAGGGGUUUUUAUAAGUGCUGUAUGAGGUAUUAACACAUUAAGACUUAAGUCUGCUGCCAUUUCAGUGAAAACAUGACUGCCAGCAGGGACACAAUGAAAAAGAAAUUUAAGCCACUUAACAAAGGGUUCACUUGCAAUUCACUCUUGCUUAAGUCUAUGAUAUCUUAAGACUAGGUUUCCUGCUUUUUCUCUGGGCUAGGCAACCGUUUUUUGACUGGAAACUGAAGUUCGGGUCACUUUGUAAACUGCCAACUCUUCCACACCAAAGUCUAUGGAGAAUAUCAACAAUUCAACAUCAGUCCACACUGGCGGUUUUCAAUCCACUGCUUCCUCCAUCAGUAAUUUUUAAUGUGUUAUCUUGUGACUUAGGUGUUUGUUCAAACUUAAUGAAUGGGCAGAAAGUGGACCAGCUGCUGCUGUGUCUUUAUAAACACAGAUUUUCUCAAUAGUGUUUAGUGUGCGGUAGUGAACAGUUUACAAACUUAUGUUUCCAGUGUAACAAUAAAAUAAAGCAGUAAACACUGAGAUAUCAAUAAACUCGGAUGUAUGCAAGCA